AUGAGUUUCCUCUUCGGCAAGAAAAAAACUCCCGCAGAACUUCUGCGAGAAAAUAAGAGAAUGUUGGACAAAUCUAUUAGAGAGAUUGAGAGAGAGAGACAAGGUCUACAGACACAAGAAAAGAAACUAAUCGCCGAGAUAAAGAAGAGUGCUAAGCAAGGGCAGAUGGGAGCGGUAAAAGUAAUGGCAAAGGACCUUAUUAGGACAAGGCAUCAGGUUGAGAAAUUCUAUAAGCUCAAGUCACAGCUUCAGGGUGUAUCUCUUAGAAUUCAGACUCUGAAAUCGACACAAGCAAUGGGAGAGGCAAUGAAAGGUGUAACAAAGGCAAUGGGCCAGAUGAAUAGGCAGAUGAACUUGCCAUCACUGCAGAAAAUUAUGCAAGAAUUUGAGAGGCAGAAUGAAAAGAUGGAAAUGGUGACUGAGGUGAUGGGAGAUGCCAUUGACGAUGCUUUGGAAGGGGACGAGGAAGAGGAAGAAACUGAAGAACUAGUGAACCAAGUCCUUGAUGAGAUUGGAAUUGACGUCAAUCAGGAGCUGGUAAAUGCACCAUCAUCUGCUGUUGCAGCACCAGCUGCAAAGGGUAAGGUUGCACAAGUGGAAACAACAGGGAAUGAAGACAGCGGAAUAGAUAGUGACUUGCAGGCAAGGUUAGACAAUUUGAGGAAAAUGUGA